GAGGGAAGACGAGACGGAGCACCAAUCCCCGCUCCGCCCUGUACCAGGAAGCGCUAGGGGGGAAGGAGCAGAGUUGACACAAGCCAGGAUGGUGGCGCCUUCGCUAAAGCUUCAGGAUCUAAUCGAAGAGAUUCGCGGCGCCAAGACUCAGGCUCAGGAGCGGGAGGUGAUCCAGAAGGAGUGUGCCCACAUCCGGGCCUCCUUCCGUGAGGGGGACCCUCUGCACAGACACCGCCAGCUGGCCAAACUGCUCUACGUCCACAUGUUGGGCUACCCCGCCCACUUUGGACAGAUGGAGUGCCUGAAACUGAUCGCCUCCCCCAGAUUCACAGACAAGAGGGUGGGCUACCUGGGGGCCAUGCUUCUAUUGGAUGAGAGGCAGGAUGCCCACCUGCUCGUUACCAACAGCAUCAAGAAUGACCUGAGCCAGGGGAUUCAGCCAGUACAAGGCCUGGCCCUGUGUACUCUGAGCACCAUGGGCUCUGCUGAGAUGUGCCAGGACCUGGCCACGGAGGUGGAAAAACUGCUCCUGCAGCCCAGCCCCUACGUGCGCAAGAAGGCUAUUCUGACUGCAGUGCACAUAAUCCGGAAGGUUCCUGAGCUCUCCAACAUCUUCCUCCCAUCCUGUGCCCAGCUGCUUCAUGAGCGCCACCACGGCGUCCUGCUGGGCACCAUCACGUUGAUCACGGAGCUCUGCGAACGAAGCCCUGCAGCCCUCAGGCACUUUCGAAAGGUGGUACCCCAGCUGGUGCAGAAGCUCCGGACUCUGGUGACAACGGGAUACUCCACAGAACACAGCAUAUCUGGAGUCAGCGACCCCUUCCUGCAGGUCCAGAUACUUCGUCUGCUUCGGAUUUUGGGCCGGAACCACGAGGAGAGCAGUGAGGCCAUGAAUGACUUGCUGGCCCAGGUGGCCACUAACACAGACACCAGCCGGAACGCGGGCAAUGCGGUCCUGUUUGAGACAGUGCUUACUAUCAUGGACAUCCACUCUGCAGCUGGCCUACGGGUUCUAGCUAUCAACAUUCUUGGCCGGUUCCUGCUCAACAGUGACAAAAACAUUAGGUACGUAGCCCUGAUGUCAUUGCUGCGGCUGGUGCAGUCUGAUCACAACGCUGUGCAGCGGCAUCGGCCCACUGUGGUGGAUUGUCUACAGGAAACUGAUGCCUCCCUUAGCCGGAGGGCCCUGGAACUAAGCCUGGCUCUGGUGAAUAGCUCCAAUGUGAGAGCCAUGACUCGGGAGCUGCAGGCGUUUCUGGAGUCCUGCCCCUCUGAUCUACGGGCUGAUUGUGCCUCAGGCAUCCUGCUGGCUGCAGAGAGGUUUGCUCCAACCAAGCGGUGGCACAUGGAUACCAUCCUGCACGUACUGACAACGGCAGGCACCUAUGUGCGGGAUGAUGCAGUGGCCAACCUGACCCAGCUGAUUGCGGGGGCUCAGGAGCUACAUGCCUACUCUGUGCGCCGCCUCUACAGUGCCCUGGCAGAGGACAUUUCCCAGCAACCGCUGGUACAGGUGGCAGCCUGGUGCAUCGGGGAAUACGGGGACCUCCUGCUGGAGGGAAACUGUGAGGAUACUGAACCCCUUCAGGUGAGAGCUGCAUUGGGGGUACACUGGGGAGGGACUCAUCAGAGGAGGCAGGACUGGCUCCGGGGUCACUACCUGUGUCCAUGCCUGAAGGUGGAAGAAGAGGAGGUGUUAGCACUGCUGGAAAGGGUACUGCAGUCCCACAUGUCCCUGCCAGCCACUCGAGGAUAUGCCCUCACAGCCCUCAUGAAGCUGAGCACCCGGCUCCGUGGCGACAACAACCGUAUCCGCCAGGUGGUGUCUAUCUACGGGAGCUGCCUAGACGUGGAGCUGCAGCAGCGGGCUGUGGAGUAUAAUGCACUCUUCCGGAAGUAUGACCACAUGAGGGCUGCCAUCCUUGAAAAAAUGCCUCUUGUGGAACGAGGUGGCCCUCAGGUUGAUGAAGAAGCAAAGGAAAGCAAAGCAGCACCCAAGCUUUCAGAAGCAGCCCCUGUGCCCGCAGAGCCCCAGGCCUCAAAGCUCCUGGAUCUGCUAAAUCUCUUAGAUGGCCCUUCUGAGGAUGCCCGGCAUCCUCCCCCUCUGGAUCCCUCCCCAGGAGGUGCCUUAGUACAACUCCUUGACCUUCCCUGUGCACCACCACCCCCUGCUCCCAUCCCAAAUCUCAAAGUGUUUGAGCGUGAGGGAGUACAGCUGAAUCUGUCUUUCAUUCGACCCCCUGGAACUCCUGCUUUGCUCUUAAUCACUGUCACCGUCACCAACUCCUCGGGGGGUGAUGUCACCCACUUCAUCUGCCAGGCUGCGGUGCCCAAGAGUUUCCAGCUGCAGCUACAGGCCCCCAGUGGGGACACAGUUCCAGCUCAGGGUGGCCUUCCCAUCACCCAGCUCUUUAGAAUCCUCAAUCCUAACAAGACCCCCUUGCGGCUAAAGCUGCGCCUCACCUACAACCACUUUGGCCAGCCCGUGCAGGAGAUCUUUGAGGUGAACAACUUGCCUGUGGAAACAUGGCAGUAACUGUCUCCAUUCACAGCCUAAAAUCCUCCUGUAUUCCAAACCCCAAGGGGUCCCAGCCACUUGGAACGUAAACCUGAGGGCUACCAGCAGGUGGAGCUCUGGCCCUGCAUUUGCCACUGCAAAAACUGUGGGAGCCUGCCCCCCCCCCCCACAAAUAAUGAAAGCCCAAUAAAGCCUGAGGGAGAAUGAAAGCCA